UCCCUUCCCUGUACCGCCCCGCCCCCACCCUCUACUUCCUCAUCGGCUGGGCCCCACUCUCCUGCGACUGAGGUGAUAUCGCUGCCUCCUGACGGACACCCACUGAAGCCUCCCUCUGCCCGACUCGAGUCUUGGCGAGGGUACCUCAGGUCUUUGCCAAUGAAGUGGUUCCUCCUCUUGUCACUGCUCCUGCCUUCAGUCUGUGGUUUUGGGUACUCUCCAUGGAGUGUUGAGGCCCCCAGGACUGUAGAAGGGGCCGAAGGGUCGUGUCUGAUGAUUCCUUGCAAAUGCCGCUAUCCCAGCAAUUCCAACAUCCAGGCAGUCAUGUGGUUAAAGGGGGAAAAGGUCAAUGGGACUCUGGUGAUCUCUUCCAACGGGGACUCGGACCGCAGGUUCAAAAACCGGGCCACCCUCGUGGGCGACUGGCGGACAGGGAAGGAUUGUAGUUUGAAAAUAAAAAACCUACAGAAAAGUGAUGAAGGGAUUUAUCACUUUCGAAUGACUGGUCCAGACACAAACAAAUAUUCAGAUCCCAACGGUGUCUCGAUAAUCGUUGUGGAUGCUCCUGAGUUGGUGAAGAUAUCAGCUCCAGCUGUUCUGCAGGAGAAUGUGCCGGUGAGUUUGAACUGCUCGGUGAGUUUUCUGUGCCCUGGCUGGCUCCGCUGGAUUGACACUGAGGGACUGAACAUAUCUUCAUCACACCGAGAGAUCCGUCAAUCCCCAACUGGCAGCACCAUCCUGAAGUUCACCCCGUCUUACCGGGACCACGGGAGGAGUCUCAGAUGUGGCUUUAAAACAGGCAGCGGUGAAAUGACCGGCGCCAACGUGACGUUAAACGUGUUGUAUGCUCCAAAGGAUGUCUAUGUCAACUCCCGCCAGUACACCCCGUUCCGUGUCGGGCAAUAUGUGGCACUGCAGUGCCUGGCGAGCAGCAGCAACCCCCCGGUACAGAGUUACACCUGGUACACCGGGUCGACAAUGCGGUAUGAACACGGCGCAUUGAAGCAGGUGAGGAUUCGCCAUUCUCAACAGGAUCUCACGUUCCGCUGUGAAGCCCGGAAUUCUGUUGGCACAGCUUCCUCCGAUGUAGUCAAACUGGAGCCUUUAGAGCAAGGCUCUUGGGCAGUGUGGAGCCCCCUGGUAGUGCGGGCUCGCACAGGCUCAUGCGUGGUUAUCCCGUGUGAGUUUACACACCCUCACAGAUUACCAGGCAAGGUGGAGAGGAUUGGGAUGUGGCUGCAGGACCAUCACUUCAGCGGGGAUAAGGUUUAUCACAACGACGGGCCGGGAAAAGCUGACUACCAAAGGCGGGUGGAAUUUCUCGGAGACUUGGAGAGUGGGAAUUGUACUUUGAAGAUGAAAAAUCUAACCAGCAACGACAGCAGGAAUUAUUACUUCCGGAUUGAAAUAGGUGUUCACAAGUGGUCCCACCAAUCAGGGAGCCGUCUGGUAGUUUCUGAUCUUCCUGAAAAGCCGGAUAUCAUUGGGCCAAUGACAGUGCAGGAGGGGAUCCGGACGACGAUGACCUGUUCUGUGCGGAGUCCCUGUCCUGAGGAUAUCCCGGUUUUGACGUGGGUCAGCCCUUUCACUGAGGUGUCUGAGAUGCGCAGCUCCUACCAGGAUAACCUGUGGAACUAUUCCCGCAGCAUCUCCUUCACCCCACAGUUUGAGGAUUUGGUUCUGACCCUGAGAUGUCUCGCCCAUUUUGGGACAGAUAUUCCUGCCGUCGACACUGAGGUGACCCUCAGCCUGCAGUAUAAACCUCGCAAUGUCAGUAUCUCACUGACCGAGGGAUACCAAGGCAGACUGCAGGAAGGGGACUCUGUUACCUUACGGUGUGAUGUUCUCUAUACUCAACCAGCCGUCACUGGGUAUUCCUGGUAUCAGGACGGAGUUCAGCUCCCCAGCGCUUGGGGUCAAACCACGGAAAUCAGAGACAUCACCUACUCGCAGUUUGGGGAAUAUUUCUGUGAAGCGAGGAACACCAUUGGGAGCGGCAGGUCGGAGGGGAUUGAACUGAGAGGGCAGUAUAAACCGAGAGAUUUUCAGACUGUACACAGUGUGAAUGGUGACGAUAAGAGAGAUUUAACGUCUGUGAAUGAGCGGGACACUGUGAAUAUUAGCUGUACCAGUCAGAACAGCGACCCUGCAGUCUCAGGGUACAGCUGGUACAGACACACUCAGAACAAGCCAGUCAGCGGGCAGAUACUGCUGUUUGAAAGCAUCAGCAAGGACGACAGUGGGAAUUAUCAAUGUGAGGCUAGAAACAACGUUGGGACAGGGAGAUCACACACCAUCACCAUCAGAGUGCAGUAUGCUCCGACCAGUGUCCGAAUCACAUUCCCGUCUUCAGUUCGAGCUGGAACGUGGACAUCCCUCAGCUGUCAGUCUGAUGGCCAUCCAGCAGCAUCUUCCUAUCACUGGCGGAAGGUGUGUCCACACGGUUUGAUGUCUCUCUGUUCUGGGAGUCAAUGGAGGUCUCAAUGUUCAUUCUACGCUUCAGUUCAAGAUGUUGGCUGUGAGUUCAUCUGUACAGCGAGGAACUCCAUGGGUGAAAAGGAUUCUGAUCCCAUCCGACUGGAUAUUCAGUACGGACCGAGAAACGUGGAGAUUAUUUCUGAGGAUACAGUGAUGGAGGGGACCGAGAUCACGUUAACGUGUCGAGGUGAAGCCAACCCCCCGGUUCAUACCUACAGCUGGGGGAAAAUGUGCAACAGACAACGGAAAGAUCUGCGAGAAAAUACCGACACGAUUAGGAUUCAACCCACCAGGAAUGAUGCAUCUUGUAGCUACAUCUGUACAGCACGGAAUUCUGUCACCUCCCGGGAUUCUACACCCAAACAUAUUAAUGUACAGUAUGGUCCUGGAGAUGUUACCAUUGUUCGCAAUGAGCCACGGGGAGAGGUGAAGGAGAGAGAGCGGGUUACCCUGACCUGUAACUCCAGGAGUAAUCCAGGAGCUCUCUACACCUGGUAUAAGGACAGUGUGAACACAGCAGCUAACAAGGGGACAGGGAACAUCCUGACCAUUCGCUCCAUCACCCCAACGGAUUCUGGAGAUUAUUACUGCAAAGCGGAAAAUGUUAUUGGAAGACAAACUUCAAAGAGCUUCAGGAUCGAGGUGCUCUAUGCCCCUCGGAACAUGAAGGUGUCGAUCUCCCCAUCGGACAGUGCGAUUUACGACGGUGAUAACAUCACCCUGAGCUGCACCAGCGACAGUAACCCCCCAACCAGCUGGUACAAGUGGGUACGGAGCCAGGGAGGGAGGUCUGUGACUCUGCCCUCAUUCAGGAGAGACCUGACCUUGUACAGAAUCACUUCCAAACAGGAGGGUGUGUACUCCUGUGAGGCGGGGAACACGGUCGGUGCCAACAAGUCGGAGGGUCGCAGGAUAGAGGUUGUGAGAAGGUCAUUCAGACUCUUAAUUGGAAUUAGCAUGGGACUACUGGGCUCCGUUAUCACCGUGGUUUUGGUGGUCAUGUGUUACAGAAGGAAGUGGAAGAAGACCGAUUCUACCAGCCCACAAUGCAUUGAGGCAACAAACACUGUCUACAGCGUGGUCAUGAAACGGAAUCAGGCGAAGGAGAGGACGGUGUAUGAGAACUUGAUGAUGACCGAGAGCACGGACUCUCAGGGGCACACCCCUCCAGAUGACCCUGUUGAAUAUGCGACCAUUAACUUUGGGGCCAGCUCCCAGACCCAGGAGAGACAGAAACAAACAGGGGCCACUCGGGGGAAAGGGAAGAAGCCUCUGAAAGCGAGACCUGACAAUGAUCCGACUGUCAUCUACAGCUUGAUAAAGAAGGCACCACCUCCAUCCCAGGUGACCAGUGAUGAUUAUGAAAACGUUGUUCACUUAUUUGCCAAAGGGGAUGAUUCCAGUGAGGAUGAGCUGAAUUACACGUCCGUGCUCCAUCUGAACUCCCCUGGUAACCGUCCCCAUCGCCGCGGCUCUCGGGAUGACAAUGAAUACACCAGCAUCAAGUUUUAAUCACGCUUUUACUGUUACCAUAGAUAACUGUGGACAAGCCUCACAUACCGAGGCAUUUCCUGUAUAAAGUCCAGAGGGGAGAUCUCACUGAAUAUUGUUAUCGAAAUGUGCAUCCAGUGGAGAGUGGCAACAGGAGCAGGUUACACUGAAGAUGGACAUCAAUAAUCACAUUGGGAGAGCCGUGCACAGUUCCAGUCUCCGUAUCCCUCAGUCAGACCCACACUCGGAGCACCGUGCACAGUUCCAGUCUCCGUAUCCCUCAGUCAGACCCACACUCGGAGCACCGUGCACAGUUCCAGUCUCCGUAUCCCUCAGUCAGACCCACACUCGGAGCACCGUGCACAGUUCCAGUCUCCGUAUCCCUCAGUCAGACCCACACUCAGAGCACCGUGCACAGUUCCAGUCUCCGUAUCCCUCAGUUAGACCCACACUCGGAGCACUGUGCACAGUUCCAGACUCCGUAUCCCUCAGACAAGGUUCGGAUGCUGAUGAACAUGAUGCUGUGGGUGUCGGGAAUGUUUAGUUGGCUGGAACAGGCAUAAGGAAGUUCUCCCAGGAAUGUGGGUCAUGUGUUGCUAGCUCCAGCCAAUGUGGCCUCAGUCCCUGCGUUGCGAUGUUUCCCUGCUAACCCCGAGGGGGUGGGGAGGUGGGACUGCAUUUUCUGAUUUGAAUAUUGCCUUUUAGAGGAGCAUUGUGAAACCCAUGGGAUACGGAAACAACUUCGACCUGGACCAAUCCACCAGCUCACACCUCCACCUCAGAAUCCUUCUCCCUCAUGGGAUAGCAGGGCAGGAGGGGGGGUUACAGAG